UUGUAGCUUCAACGUGUGUCCCCAAGAGUUGAUAAGAUCGGGGGUUUUCUCUGAUUUCAGGACUCAAAAUACUGUGUAGCUGUCUGGAUGACCCGGGGAAGUGGAAUAAAGCUCGUGGUUGUGGAGCGCCGAGCGUUCCCCGGCUUACUUCCCCCCAGCCGGGUAAGUAGGACAAGGCCGGUCAAGCGGUCUCAUUUAGCGACAUCUUCGGGGUCAACACAGGCGCGAAAUAUACCCAUCUUGUUCGGAAAUAUCCAAACAUGCCGAAAGUAUCCAGAUCUGCCCUAAAGAAGACAGCUGAUGUGGUCAAGUCCCUCAAAGCUCGGCCUGCCAGGGAGAAUGGAGGAAAGAAGACAUUCCAGGAAAGCACACAGGCAGUGCUUUCUCCUCUCACACCACAAAUGAUUAUUGUCGAACUCAGGGGAAAAUUCAAUACACAGAAGAAUGAAAUUGAAGCAAAAAGAAUGAAAAAAUACAUGAGAGAUCAGUUUGCCUAUAUAGGUCUGUGGACUCCACAGAGAAAGGAGCUCAGCUCAGAGGCCUUGUCUUCCUGCUCCGAGUUCAACCAGGUCCAGCUCCACCAACUCCUGAGGCUCCUGUGGGAGGAACCCGAGCGGGAGUACCAGCUGUUUGCCCUGGACUGUAUGUACAAGUACAGGAAAGUGCUGAGUGGGCACAGCGAGAAGGACAGCCUUGAGUCCCUCAUGGUGGUCAAGGAACUUAUCACUACCAAGAGCUGGUGGGACACAGUUGACAUGCUGGCCUCUAAAGUGGUUGGUGACCUGGUGGCAGCUCACCGGACGGCCUUCACCCUGAUCAUGGACGAGUGGAUCCAGGACGAGCACCUGUGGCUGAGACGGACUGCCAUUCUUCAUCAGCUCAACUACAAGCAGAAAACAAACCAGCAACUCCUCUUCAAAUACUGUCUGAUGUGUGCGGAUGAAGAGGACUUUUUCAUCAGGAAGGCAGUAGGCUGGUCUCUCCGUAACUACUUCAGGACAAACGCUACUGCUGUCAAGACUUUCGUCAAGUCAAACAAGGACAAGUUGUCUCCCUUGAGCAAGAAAGAAGCUCUCAAACAUGCAUGACUUGGAGUCUGGAUCUGCUCGUGAACCGCAAUUCCUCCAUGUUUCUUGUACUCUCAGGAACUUCACCUCAUCUGCUACGGUGUCAUCCUUGAUUUUCCAGUGUAUUUUAUCCUCAUUCUAUUGUGAAAAAUUCUCUGGACCAAUUUGCCGCCGUAGUUUGUUUCGGAUGUGAUGUAAACCAUCUGAAUCUCUUAUCACCAACUUAGGACAGAAUUUCUCUUGUUCAUGAGUGUAAUUGAUUGGUUGGGUAUUUUUAGCAUCAUGUAAUGUAAAUUAGGCUAAAACCAAAUAAUGGUGAUAUAAUACUGUAGAAGCAAGGAAGCAGCAAUAUCAGGCCACUAUAAGUUACUUUUGACAUGUUCAUUCAACUUUUCUUAACAAAUGAGGCGGGAGACACUUUUUGUAUAUUCCCAACAUUGACAUGUGCACAAAAGUCAGUUAACCAUUCACAACAUUGUUGCAGCCUCCUGCUGCCUGUUAUCAUGCCCCAAGUGUCAAUAACUUCGUCAAGGAAAGACACAAAGCUAUUUUCUUGGUCUGUAGGUUGUUGUUGUUUUUGUUUUUGUUGUUUAACGCCGCACUCAGC